AUGAACUCGAGAACUACAACAAAAGACCAAGAAAGAGUACGAAGAGACAGUAGUCUCAGCAAAACUGAACAGAACUUCCUGGAGUCGAUACAGAAUAAUAACGCUGUACGCAGAAAAGAAGCUAUAAAAGAAAUAGUUUUAAAGUGUUCAGCAACGUCUUUCGACGUUUACAUAGAUGAAAUAAAAAGACUCUCAUGGGAAAAUUCAAAGUUGCGGCAGAAAGAUCACAUGAUAGACAGGAAAGGCAAGAUGGAGAAAAUACAAGAACGAAUAAUAUCGCAGAAAAAUGAACAAAUAAGAAAAAUUUCGCAAGAAGUAGAGAAAACGAGAUCAGAACUAAAAAGGUUAAGACUGGCGUCAACAAAGAAAUCGAUCAGCUGA